GGUGCACGGGCUCUGGGUGAAGAAAGCUGCGCGUGGGGCUAUUAUUUUCAAUUCAAUGAACGCAAACAUUUCGACCGUGUCAGGCACGCGGCGGCGCACUUUAGCCUCUCCAGUUGAACGCCUUCAGCUCCCUGCGUCCUCCACACUUCUCACCCUUCCGUCCACCACCCAAAUUUCUCUCUCUCUCUCUCUCUCUCUCUCGAUUGCUCGACGAACCCUAGAUUUCAAAAGUGUAAACUUCGCCUUUAUUUGAUUCAAAGCCUAAGCAGCCUGGUUUUCUGGCGAUGGCGACGUCGUUGGGAACUGCGAACACCGCCGUCUUGAACCAAGCGAAGCUUCAAAUUCAGAGGUUCCAUGGCUUGAAGUCUUCUUCACAGUCACUUCCUUCGAGUGGCCCCCCGCAUGUAUUCUCAGUCCCCUCAUCGGGUUCUUCUGUUAUACGAGCUGUUUCAACGCCGAUAAAGCCAGACACAACCUCUGUGACCAAGCGUAGUAAGGUUGAAAUAUUCAAAGAACAGAGUAACUUCAUUAGAUACCCACUUAAUGAAGAGUUGUUGACAGAUGCCCCAAAUAUUAAUGAAGCUGCGACACAAUUGAUCAAGUUUCAUGGAAGCUAUCAACAGACUAACAGAGAUGAACGUGGUACAAAGUCUUACUCCUUUAUGCUUCGUACUAAAAACCCCUGCGGAAAAGUACCAAACAAUCUCUACUUGGCCAUGGAUGGUCUUGCUGAUGAAUUUGGAAUUGGAACACUUCGUUUGACAACCAGGCAAACAUUUCAGCUCCACGGUAUUCUGAAAAGGGAUCUCAAAACAGUAAUGAGUACCAUUAUAAAAAAUAUGGGUUCAACUCUUGGUGCAUGUGGUGAUCUGAACAGAAACGUGCUUGCCCCUGCUGCCCCACUCUCAAGAAAAGAUUACAUGUUUGCACAGAAAACUGCAGAGAAUAUUGCUGCUCUCCUGACUCCCCAGUCUGGUUUUUACUACGAUAUGUGGGUGGAUGGGGAGAGAAUUAUGUCAGCAGAACCUCCUGAAGUAGUGAAGGCCCGCAAUGAUAAUUCUUAUGGAACAAAUUUCACCGAUUCACCUGAGCCUAUUUAUGGUACUCAAUUCUUGCCAAGAAAGUUCAAAAUUGCAGUUACUGUGCCAACUGAUAACUCUGUUGAUAUUCUGACAAACGAUGUCGGUGUGGUUGUUGUUUGCGAUGCUGAUGGGGAGCCACAGGGAUUUAACAUAUAUGUUGGUGGGGGUAUGGGAAGAACACAUAGGUUGGAGACCACUUUUGCUCGUCUGGCAGAACCACUGGGUUAUGUGCCAAAAGAGGAUAUAUUGUAUGCUGUCAAAGCUAUAGUUGUCACACAACGAGAAAAUGGGAGAAGAGACGAUCGCAAAUAUAGCAGAAUGAAAUAUUUGAUCAGUUCAUGGGGGAUUGAAAAGUUUAGAAGUGCCGUUGAGCAGUACUAUGGAAAGAAAUUUGAGCCUUUCCGCGAACUACCUGAGUGGGAGUUUAAAAGUUAUUUAGGAUGGCAUGAGCAGGGUGAUGGUGGUCUAUUUUGUGGGCUCCAUGUUGAUAAUGGUCGUAUUGGGGGAACAAUGAAGAAAGUAUUGAGGGAAGUAAUUGAGAAGUAUGGCUUGAAUGUGCGUCUCACACCUAACCAAAACAUUAUCCUUUGUGAUAUUCGGCAUGCAUGGAGGCGCCCAAUUACAACCACUCUUGCACAGGCUGGUUUGCUGCAUCCUAGGUACGUGGAUCCCCUGAACGUAACUGCCAUGGCAUGCCCAGCUCUGCCACUUUGCCCACUGGCAAUUACUGAAGCUGAGCGGGGAAUACCAGGCAUACUGAAGCGGGUUCGUGCUGUCUUUGAGAAGGUUGGCCUCAAAUACAAUGAAUCUGUAGUGAUCAGAGUUACUGGCUGCCCUAAUGGUUGUGCUAGACCUUACAUGGCUGAGCUUGGAUUGGUUGGUGAUGGUCCCAACAGCUAUCAGAUCUGGCUCGGAGGGACACCUAGUCAGACAUCAUUGGCAAAAUGCUUCCUUAAUAAGGUCAAGGUUCAAGAUCUUGAGAAAGUUUUGGAACCUUUGUUUUAUAAUUGGAGACGCAAGCGGCAAGCUAAAGAAUCAUUUGGCGAUUUCACAACCCGAAUGGGAUUCGAUAAGCUUCAAGAGAUGGUUGACAAAUGGGAAGGUCCGAUGGAGUCAUCGUCUCGACACAAUUUGAAGCUUUUUGCUGAUAGGGAGACAUAUGAAGCCAUGGAUGAACUGGCAAAGCUGGAGAACAAGAAUGCUCAUCAGUUAGCCAUGGAAGUGAUUCGUAAUUAUGUUGCUGCCCAGCAAAAUGGCAAAAGUGUGUAAUUGUCACCCAACUUUUACUAGUCGGUAACAGCCCCCGCAAAUUGAGAUGCUGAUUUUUGGUAAUCCUUUGUAUCCAAGAGUUCUAGUUGUGACCAAAUAAGAAUUUUUUUUACCCUUCCCUGAUGGUUUUUUUUUUUUUUUUUUUUUACGAAUUAUUGUGGCCACGGGAGGAAUGUAAGAUAUCUUUGCCUCAUUGUGGUUAUUUCUACUA